AGGAAGGGGUCGUAACACAAGUGGGGGCUCGUCCGGGAUAUUUUUCCCUGAGCUGUAGACAAUCACAUUAAUAGAUAAGUAGUUGUAACUGUGUGUAAAAAUGAGUUUUGACCUGCAUGAUUUUGUUAGUGCACCUAGUUAUGAGAAGGUUGAAUUUUGUUGUAAGGAUGACUUGUUGUGUAUUGCUGCACAUUUUAACAUUCCUGUGAAGAAGCAGGAUGUUAAAAUAAACAUUAAAAAUACAGUCUUGCAGAAAUUAGUUGAACUAAAAAUCCUUGGGGACCCAAGUAAGACUGGUCCGGAUGUUUUUGAUGAUUGUGCUCCUUCUGUUGAAUUAGGUGUCCCACCUGUGGAAGGGGAAGUAACUACUGCCAUGGUGACUCCUCCAAAAGUGACGGUGGAACCUCAGGUGCCUCCUGCGACACUACCUYGUUUUGACCCUGUGUCCCCAAACCUCAGUGGAUCCAGUGGUAAUGCCAGACUUAAGGUUCGUCUUGCUCGCCUUCAAUUAGAAGCCCAGGAAAGGGAUAGAGUGCGUAAAGCAGAGUUUGAUCUCAAACUCCAGAUUYGCCAGUUGGAGAUUGAAGCUGAGAAGCAGAUAAAAUUAAAACAGCUUGAAGUGGAUGCUUUGAGGCUUUCAAAAAUCCAGACUGUUCCAAGCUCAUCUGUGUACUCUGGUUCUAUGCAUGUGUCACCAGAUAAAAACAGAUUCGAUGUGAGUAAAAAUAUUGCUUUAGUCCCAACAUUUCGAGAGACCGAAGUUGAUUCCUAUUUUAAUGCCUUUGAAAGGAUUGCUACAGCACUAGAUUGGCCUAAAGACGUGUGCUGUGCUUCUGCAAUGUAAGCUGAUGGGUAAGGCUCAAGAAGUUGUUUCAUCUCUUUCUAUUGAAGACAGCAUGAAGUAUCAUGUGUUGAAAGAGUCUAUAUUGCAUGCUUAUGAACUUGUGCCAGAAGCCUACAGGCAAAAGUUUAGGAAUCACAAGAGGUCCAGUGGUCAAACACAUGUAGAGUUUGCAUGAGAAAAAGGAGUAGUCUUUGACAAAUGGUGUGCUGCUAAUGAAGUUAAAGGAGACUUUGAAUCUCUCCGCCAAUUAAUCUUGUUAGAAGAUUUUAAAAAUACAUUGCCAGAGAAAAUUGUGGUUUUCUUAAAUGAGCAAAAGGUUGACUCAUUGUCAAAAGCAGCYAUCUUAGCUGAUGAGUUCAUACUGACACAUAAAAAUGUGUUUGUGUCUUCUCCUCGUUCAGAUAAGAUUCUGAUCAAUCGUCCAACAAAACCUGAAGUUGUUCAGCCUGAGACCAGACGGAAGCCAUUUCCUUCACGUGAGGCACAGGAGUGCUUCUAUUGUCACAGAAAAGGUCAUGUCAUUGCUGAUUGCUUGACACUGAAAAGAAAACAUGUGUCACCACAAACAAAGGAGAUGGGUUUGCUCAAAAAUGUGCCACUUUCCAGCAACCUUGUGUCUGAAAAUAAAGGGAAUGAACCAGAUCCCUGUUUCAAACCAUUUGUUAUGCAUGGUUUUGUUUCUUUAACUGGGGAUACAAAAGAUGACCAGCCAGUUAAAAUAC